AUGAACCUGCAAGGCCAAGAUUGGGACACGGUUGUGAUCCGCAAGAAGACGCCCAAGGGCGCGGAGGCCAAGUCCUCCGCGGCCAUCAACCAGGCCCGUCGGACAGGAGGUCCAAUCGACACUGUCAAGAAAUACAAUGCAGGGACCAACAAAGGCACGGGUUCUGGGGCGGGGAAGGAUGCUCGCAAGCUGGACGAGGAGUCAGAAGAGCUGCAUCAUGAUCGUGUGAAUUUGGAGCUGAAGAAAAAGAUUCAACAAGCACGGAUGGCGAAGAAGAUGACCCAGUCCCAGCUGGCACAGGCCAUAAACGAAAAGCCCAACGUCAUCCAGGAGUAUGAAAGUGGGAGGGCCAUCCCCAAUCCACAGGUCUUGUCGAAACUGUCUCGCAUCUUGGGCGUGCCACUCAGCAACAAGCAGAGAGUGGCGAAAAGAUCAGCCAAGUAG